CGUUAGGUCAUGCCAUUUAAGAUAAGAAAUCUCGAAUAUUAAGAAAUCUCGAAUAUUCUAUCCAGUGGAGCUCUAGCAGUGCUACUUACAACAGGGAAAUCGGAUACAGCAAUGACAACUCUUGGGCUAAUUUCUGUUCUUGUCUGUGUGGCUACAGUUUUGGGUAAUACUGAUUACAAAGUGCGACUGUUUGGCCAUUUUCAUCACAAUGUACAAGCUGGGUCUCAAACCGUUGGAGUCCUAAACCAAGCCGACUUUCAGCGAUUGUUUCAUAGUCUUGGAUCGAAUAUGCAUGAUUUUGAGACAGCAUGGAGGUCCCAACGCCUGCCUUGUGAUAAUGGCGCUAGACUUUUCUUCUCAGAGAUGGACGGAGACAAAAGUGGACACAUCGAUACUAACGAGAUCACAUAUUUCUUUAAUUUGUUUGAUGCUAAUGAGGACCAGGAGGUUACCCAGGACGAGUUCACAGCGGCCUGGUCAGUGUUGUUUGACGAGUACCUGCAUACCCAUCAGGUAAAGUGCUCGCAUCACGGUGGAGACGACGACGACAGAAAGUGAUUCCAUUGUACAAAAAGCUGAAAUAAAGCCUGGGAACUAUUA